UUUUCCAGGCAUACUGGGGAGCUUCUCCAGAAGUGGAACGGCUGGGACUCAAACCAGUUCCUGUGUGAGAGACUGGCAUUGCCUGGUGGUGGUGUUACACACUGCACCACAAUACUGGCUCAUCCAGUUUUAUGAAUGGAUUGUAGUUUUUGGUAUUAUUUUUCGAAUGUAAUACCAAUAACUCUUGCUGACAAGAAUAAAAUGUUGAUUAGCAAAUACUUUCAGUGGCUUUGGGGUUUUUGUUCAUUUCUUAAUGUUUACGUUUCCCAUUGUUUUCUUGUCUCUGUACCCUCCCCCGCCCCAACUCCCAUUUUGGGACAUCAUGAUCUGGAAAGAUCUGUGUCCACUCGAUGUGUCUGUAAAGAAGUGAACUGGCCAGGCUACUUUUCUUUGAGCAAACCGGGAGCCAUGAAAGUCUUCUGCGGCCGGGCCAACCCCACCACGGGGUCUGUGGAGUGGCUGGAGGAAGAUGAGCACUAUGACUACCACCAGGAGAUUGCAAGGUCAUCCUACGCAGAUAUGCUGCAUGACAAAGACAGAAAUGUGAAGUACUACCAGGGUAUCCGGGCAGCUGUGAGCAGGGUGAAGGACAGAGGACAGAAGGCUGUGGUCCUUGACAUUGGCACUGGCACAGGACUCUUGUCCAUGAUGGCGGUCACAGCAGGUGCCGACUUCUGCUAUGCAGUUGAGGUUUUCAAGCCAAUGGCUGAUGCUGCUGUGAAAAUUGUGGAGAAAAAUGGCUUCAGUGAUAAGAUUAAGAUUAUCAACAAGCAUUCCACUGAGGUGACUGUGGGGCCAGAUGGUGACAUGCCAUGUCGUGCCAACAUCCUGAUUACAGAGCUGUUUGACACGGAGCUGAUCGGAGAAGGGGCGCUGCCUUCUUAUGAACACGCACACAAGCAUCUCGUGCAGGAGAACUGUGAGGCUGUGCCGCACCGGGCCACCAUAUACGCACAGUUGGUGGAGUCGAGAAAGAUGUGGUCGUGGAACAAGCUGUUCCCCAUCUGCAUUCACACCAGCCGUGGGGAGCAAAUCAUUAAUCCUCCCGCAGAGCUGGACAGGUGCCCCGGUGCACCCUCUGUCUAUGACAUACAGCUGAACCAAGUGUCACCCGCCGACUUCACUGUCCUUAGCCACGUGCUGCCGAUGUUCAGUGUGGACUUCAGCAAGCAAGUCAGUAGCUCAGCUGCCUGUCAUAGUCAGCAGUUUGAACCUGUGGCAUCUGGCCGGGCUCAGGUGGUCCUGUCCUGGUGGGAUAUUGAAAUGGACCCUGAAGGGAAGAUCAAGUGCACCAUGGCCCCCUUCUGGGCACAUUCGGAUCCAGAAGGUCUCCAGUGGCGGGACCACUGGAUGCAGUGUGUAUACUUCCUGCCCCAAGAGGAGCCCGUCAGCCAGGGCUCAGCCCUCUGCCUCGUAGCCCACCACGACGACUAUUGUGUGUGGUACAGCCUUCAGCGGAGCAGUCCUGAAGAGAACGGGAGGGUCGCCCAAAUGCGCCCUGUGUGUGACUGCCAGGCUCACCUGCUCUGGACCCGGCCUCGGUUUGGAGAGAUCAAUGACCCGGACAGAACUGAGCAAUAUGUCCAGGCCCUGGGGACCGUGCUGACUCCAGACAGCGUCUGCCUGUGUGUCAGCGACGGCAGCCUGCUCUCCAUGUUAGCCCACCACCUGGGCGCCCAGAAGGUAUUUACAGUCGAGAGUUCAGCGGCUUCUCAAAGACUGAUGAAAAAGAUCUUCCAAGCUAAUCAUCUGGAAGAUAAAAUUACUAUCGUAGAGAAGCGGCCCGAGUUGUUAACGUCUGAAGACUUGGAGGGUAGAAUGGUGUCUCUGCUGCUAGCGGAGCCGUUCUUCACCACAAGUCUGCUGCCCUGGCACAACCUGUACUUCUGGUAUGUCCGCACUGCACUGGACCAGCACAUGGAGCCAGGUGCCGUGGUGAUGCCCCAGGCUGCAUCGCUGUACGCCAUGGUUGUGGAGUUCCGGGACCUGUGGCGGAUCCGGAGCCCCUGUGGUGACUGUGAAGGCUUCGAUGUGCACAUCAUGGACGACAUGAUUCAGCGUGCCCUGGACUUCCGGGAAAGCAAGGAGGCUGAGCCCCACCCGCUGUGGGAGUACCCCUGCCGCAGCCUGUCCCCAGCCCAGCGCAUCCUGACCUUUGACUUCCAGCAGCCCGUGCCCCAGCAGCCUCUGCGUGCCGAGGGCUACUUGGAGCUGCAGAGGCCUGGAAGGAGCCACGGGGCCGUCCUAUGGAUGGAGUACCACCUGACCCCGGAGCACACGGUCAGCACUGGCCUCCUGAGGCCUGUCGAAGACCAGGGGGACUGCCAAUGGAACCCCCACUGCAAACAGGCCGUGUACUUCUUCCGCACCCCACUGGAUCCCAAGGUGCCACUGCAGGGCCCCCAGAUGGUCCACUAUACUGUGGAGUUUGUGCCCCACACUGGAGAUGUCAUCAUGGAGUUUGGGCUCCUGGGCGUUCCGGACUGACCCUCCUGGCCUUGGAUGCCAUGGAAGCUGAGAUCCUGGCCAAGUUUAUUUUGUGAAAAUGGAAAAGCCCAGCUUGUUCCAAGCCCUGGAUCCCACAGGUACGGCCUGAAGGGAGGCGGGGAGGCGUGCUGGGAGACAGACAUCCUUCCUCUGGACCUCAGGAGCUGGCUAGGUGGAGGUGACCUUGGGAUGACAGAAAAUGGCCAUGUGAGGCCUAGGGUACUGUGACUCACCCAAGGCCGCCCCAGGAGUUGGGCAGGAGGCAGAAAAACAGGCCUGUGGCUCUGACACCAUGGAUGUUCUGCCUCAGAACAGAAGCCACUGGCGCCCCUGGCCUCUGUCCUGCUGGGAUGCACUUGCACAUACAGCCCCGCAGCCUGGGGGGCCUGGGGCUGGGCCUAGGGAGUCACACUGGAGCCACAGUGGUUGCUAGAGCAGGGCACCUCACACCAUGAAGCCCAGGCUGGACCCUCGGAGUUGAGGCCAGGAGUGCUGGAGGAACUCGGGUAAGGGAAGGCCCCCUGGGCCAGGGGCCUCAGGCCAGUGUUGGGCGGGUACACAUACUUGCCAAGCUCCCCUGGCUCCCUGCAAAAGUCUGGCCCCCUUUGGUGGCUCAGUGGGUGACAAGGCAUGGCUUUGGUACACCGACAGCUGGGUCCUGGCGCUCCAGCCAGCCCCUCGCCACACAGAGCUAGCUCUGAGCCAGGCUGGACACAAGAUCAGGGCACACAAAGGAGGGAAGGCCAGUGCAGCUUGUUACCAGUGUCCCUUGGGCUGGGGCCUGGCACCUGCAGCAGGCAGAGGCCUCCCUUUAAGGCUGGGGCACAGCCCAGCUGUGUAAAGGCAGGAGGGCGGAGGCAGUGCUGUGGGGGCGCCUGGAGUGAAUGGGGGAACCACAAGCCA